CCAGCACCCUCAAUUGUCCUCCGCAACACCAAACGACCACCCGCCAAACCCUCCCCCAUCACCACCACACAACACCAUCACAAUGCGAACCCGCUCCAAAGCCCCUCCAACCAAGUCGCAGUCGCAAGCUACCUCCGACUCCAAACAAAAAACAUCACAAUCAGCCUCAGCACCACUGCCACCACCAACCAAACCCAACAAGACAUUCAUCCUCCCAUCCUCCGCCAGCGCCUCCUCCCGCAUCCUCACCCUCCCUAACCCCCAAACCAACACACCAACCCAAUACUUCUUCUGCCCGAACCUCGGCGUCCACGAAUUCACCGUAAUCGCCUCUCCCGCGACCGCGCCACGGAGCAUCCUAUCCGCGCGCAAACCCACCGACGACGAAACCUCCGCCCGCGCCACCAAACCCCAAGGCCACAUCACUCAGAACGCCGAACUCCUCGUCGCGACCCCCAUCGACUUCCUUUUCUUCCUCGUUCCCCUGCUAUCCGCAUCCACCGCAAUCCAGGGGGGCGGCGGAGGAGGAGGAGGCAAGGGCCUCUUCCAGCCCCUAGACGACAUCAUCGACUCGCAGGACGAGCUCCCCAAACACUUCCGCCAUGUUCUCUACGACGAUACCUUCCGGGCGGCUCUGCAUGAUCGGGCUGCUGCGAUCUGCGACUCCGUAGAGGCUGGAGAUGAGACAAUGUACCGGUUUAGUGAGACGAAGCUUCUCUUGGAGCUUGUUGCCAAGGCCGACAGGAUGGUCGCUAUGGGUCUGCCGCCUAGUUUGGAAGAACAGUUUGUGAGGCAGGCGUUGGCGACGCCGUUGAUGGCUGUGAAGCGCGAGGACGUCGGGGUUGCGCCCCCGCCGCCGUCGGCGUCGGAUGAUAAGGAGAAUAAGGGGGAUGGGGAAGACGAAGAGGAGAAGAAGACACCGUCAGAGGAGAUUUCGGCAACAACGACGGCGACGGCGACGGCGACAGAAACGGAGACGGAGACGGGCAAAUCCACCCCCGCCACGGAACAAAUACCAGAGGGCCCAAGCAUCCCUGAUGGCGUGGCCGAUCUGCUACGGGUAUCCACGGCUCUGACAUUCAUGAAAGAGUGCUACCUGUCCAAGGCGAUGAGCGCGCGGAUUGACGAGUUGCUAGCUGCGCCGGAGAGUCCGAAGGAUUUCAAGCCCAUGCAGGAGCAUCUGAAGCUGGUGGCGAGUCUGCGCGCGCAGGCGCUCGCGUCGCGGUCACUGGGGGAUUUCAGUCGGAAGCGGAGUGCGGAGGACCAGGAGGCGGCGGAGUUGCGGGCGGAGAAGAAGCGCAAGAAGGAGGAGGAAGAAAAGAAGAAGAAGGCGAGUGAGUCGAGGGGAGUGAGGGAUCUGAAGAAGGUGAAUACUGUUGGGAUGAAGAAGAUGAGUGAUUUCUUUGGAAAGGCUGCUCCGAAGAAGAAGGCUUAAGAUGACCGGGCUUCCAUUGCAUGAGAAGCACGUAUGCUGUUGCUAUUUCUUGCCGGUCGAUUGGCCGUGACGAGGCCAUGUGAGAUCUCAAGCACUCUGGAGGCGGGAUGCGCUCUUUUAACGAUGUCUUGGGCUGUGCGGAUUUCGAGCAGACCCAGGCAAAGUCCCGACCCGUCUGCUACAAAGUACCCAAAGGAUGAUACCCGAGGGUUGU